AUGGAUACUCCAUCAUCAGGGACGAUAACACCUGCCGACUUGGAAAGUGCUGGCUAUGAUGGCAGUAUUCGCAAACGCCUCACGGUGACAUUUCGCGAUCUUAAUGUUCGAGUGACGGCACCAGAUGCUGCAUUGGGAAGUACGUUGUGGUCAGAGGUUGACCCCCGCCAGCUCGGCGAUUUGUUCAAACGGACGCAGAGACACAAACGGACAAUUCUGAAAGAUGUGUCAGGACAAGUCAAGCCAGGGGAAAUGCUUCUGGUUCUCGGUCGUCCAGGAUCUGGCUGUACAUCCCUUCUACAAGUUCUUGCAAAUGACCGAGAGACUUUUGAUGAAGUCAGUGGUGAGACUCGAUAUGGAAGUAUGGAUCACAAAGCUGCAAAGCAAUUCCGUCAGCAGAUCAUGUUCAACAACGAAGAUGAUUUGCACUUCCCAACUCUCACCGUCAACCGGACGAUGAAGUUUGCGCUCCGAAACAAAGUUCCCAAUGAGCGACCAGAGGCGCUAGCCAACCGCAAAGACUAUGUUUUGGAAAAACGCGAUGUUAUUCUUGACUCUCUCGGUAUCGGGCAUACGAAGAAGACUCGUGUUGGCAAUGAGUUCAUUCGCGGAGUUUCGGGAGGCGAGCGAAAGCGCGUGUCUCUAGCCGAAGUGAUGGCAGGGCAGAGCCCCGUUCAAAUGUGGGAUAAUCCUACGCGUGGUCUCGACUCAAAGGCUGCCGUGGAGUUUGCACGAUUGCUGCGACGGGAAGCAGACGAGAAUCAAAAGACCAUCAUUACCACCACCUAUCAAGCUGGAAAUGGAAUCUACGAUACCUUUGACAAGGUUCUCGUCUUGGCCGAAGGCAGAGUGACUUACUAUGGCCCUCGUCGAUUGGCUAAGGGAUACUUCGAGUCACUUGGCUUCACUUGUCCUAAGGGCGCCAAUAUUGCGGAUUUUCUUACGUCUGUUACCGUCCUCACGGAGAGAAUCGUCCGUGCCGGAUGGGAGGACAAAGUACCCAAUACUGCGGGAGAAUUCGAGUCUCGAUACCGCGACAGCUAUAUCUGCCAAGAGCAACUGGAUUCCAUUGAUUCCCCUGACAAGCUGAGCCACGAGACGGAGGAUCUUAAGAUGGCCGUAUCCAGCGAAAAGCGCAAACAGCAUCUUCCUCGCAAUCAGAGUGUCUACACGGCAAACCUUCUGGAUCAGGUUCGUUCUUGCACUUUGCGGCAGUUCCAAAUCAUGUGGGGAGACAAGUUCUCCCUCAUGGUUAAAGUCGGCUCGGCUAUCAUUCAGGCAUUGGUUUGUGGAUCUAUCUUCUACAACCUCGCCGAGGAUAGCAGCUCUAUCUUCUUGCGCCCCGGUGUGCUCUUCUUCCCAGUCCUCUACUUCCUUCUCGAGUCCUUGUCUGAGACGACCGCGUCUUUCAUGGGUCGCCCAAUUCUCUCCCGUCAAAAGCGAUUCGGAUUUUACCGCCCAACAGCUUUCUGCAUUGCCAAUGCCAUUACAGAUGUGCCAGUUGUGAUGAUUCAAGUGACUUGCUUCUCGCUGAUCCUGUACUUUAUGGCGGCUUUGCAAAUGGAUGCCGGAAGGUUCUUCACUUACUGGAUUAUUAUCAUUGUGCAAACCUUGUGCUUCAUCCAGCUGUUCCGAGCGAUUGGCGCCCUCUGCUCUCGAUUUGGAAAUGCUUCCAAGAUGUCUGGUCUUCUUUCAACGGUUUUCUUUGUCUAUGGAGGUUAUCUGGUGCCGUUCAACAAGAUGCACGUGUGGUUCCGCUGGAUUUUUUACCUGAACCCGGGAGCAUACGCAUUCGAGGCGCUCAUGGCAAAUGAGUUUGUCGGUCGGCAACUUGUCUGCAAAGAGCCUGACUAUAUCCCAUACGGUUCUGGCUAUUCAGAUGCUGCCUCGCCGCACCGAGGCUGUUCAGUGCUUGGAAGCAAUGCCGACGGCAUCAUUGAUGGCGAGGCUUACAUCCGAGAGCAGUACAGCUAUUCGUUCGGCCACAUCUGGCGCAGCUUCGGAGUCAUUGUCGGAUUCUGGCUAUUCUUCAUCUUUUUGACAUCGAUGGGCUUUGAGCUUAAGAACAGCCAGAGCAGCUCCUCCGUCUUGCUCUACAAGCGUGGAAGUGAGAAAAAGCGAGCCACUGACCCAAAGAUGAAUAUUACGGCCCAGAAGAAGGAAGACCCGCCGGCCCUCACCGGCUCAGCAAAACAAUCCAUCUUCACAUGGCAUGACCUUGAUUACCAAGUUCCGUUCAAUGGAGAAAAGAAACAGCUUUUGAACAAAGUGUUUGGUUAUGUGAAGCCCGGAAAUCUCGUUGCGUUGAUGGGAGCUUCCGGGGCUGGAAAAACAACACUAUUGGAUGUUCUUGCUCAGAGAAAGGACUCGGGUGAGAUUUAUGGAUCAAUCCUGAUCGACGGGCGCCCACAGGGCAUUAGCUUCCAAAGAACCACGGGUUACUGCGAACAAUUGGAUGUACACGAGCCAACAGCGACCGUGAGGGAAGCACUCAUCUUCUCUGCCGUUCUUCGUCAACCGUCUACAGUUUCACAUGAGGAGAAAAUUGCUUACGUGGAUCACAUUAUCAACCUCCUGGAACUCGGAGAUAUCGUGGACGCUUUGAUUGGAGUUCCGGGUGCCGGUCUCAGUAUUGAACAGCGCAAGCGGGUGACCCUAGGUGUCGAACUUGUGGCAAAGCCUUCUCUGCUUUUCCUGGAUGAGCCUACCUCAGGUCUUGAUGGACAGAGUGCAUACAAUAUCGUGCGGUUCCUACGCAAGCUUGUUGACGGAGGCCAAGCUGUGCUGUGCACCAUCCACCAACCUUCUGCUGUCUUGUUCGACGCAUUCGAUGGUCUUCUGCUUCUUGCAAAGGGCGGAAGAAUGACGUACUUUGGAGAGACCGGCAAUGAAUCGAGCAAGAUCCUGGAUUAUUUCGCACGCAACGGCGCACCUUGCCCACCUGAUGCCAACCCAGCCGAGCAUAUCAUCGAUGUUGUACAAGGAAGCGGCUCGACGGAGAAGACAGACUGGGUUGAGGUUUGGAGUCAAUCCGAGGAGCGACGAAAGGCCCUCGAGGAGCUUGAGGCCUUGAACAAAUCCGGUCUUGCGGAUCCAAACUAUGUGGAAGACACCGCCAAUUUCGCUACCUCUCACUGGUUUCAGUUCAAGAUGGUUGUUGCGCGUCUCAGUAUCAAGAUUUGGCGCUCACCGGACUACAUGUGGAAUAAGAUUAUCCUCCAUAUCUUCGCGGCUCUUUUCAGCGGUUUCACCUUCUGGAAGGUUGGAGAUGGAACUUUCUCUCUCCAGUUGCGACUCUUUGCCAUCUUCAAUUUCAUUUUCGUUGCCCCGGGCUGCAUCAAUCAGAUGCAACCCUUUUUCUUGGCUAAUCGUGAUAUCUUUGAGACGCGUGAAAAGAAGUCAAAAACCUACCAUUGGCUUGCCUUUAUCGGUGCUCAAGCCGUCGCCGAGAUUCCGUAUCUCAUUAUUUGUGCUACGCUCUACUUCGUCUGCUUUUAUUUCACCGUAGGCUUCCCUAUUGGAGCCAGUGUUUCUGGCCAUUUCUAUCUCCAGAUGAUCUUUUAUGAGUUCCUGUACACCUCCAUCGGUCAGGCAAUCGCUGCAUAUGCGCCCAACGAAUACUUUGCGGCUGUUAUGAAUCCGGUCUUGCUGGGCGCAGGCAUGAUUAGUUUCUGCGGUGUCGUCGUUCCCUACAGCCAAUUGCAAGCCUUCUGGCGCUACUGGAUCUACUAUCUGGAUCCCUUCACCUACCUUGUUGGGGGCCUUCUGGGUGAAGUUCUGUGGGAUGUCCAGGUUAAAUGCGAGCCUUCGGAAUUUGUCACUUUCAGGGCUCCUUCUGGACAAACCUGCGGUGAAUACAUGGCAGACUUCCUUUCAACACAAGCGGGCUACUUGCUGGAUGCAAACUCUACAAGCACUUGCUCGUUCUGUCAGUAUUCCACAGGUGCUGACUAUGCCAAAACUUUCAACCUCCGAGCCAAAUACUACUCCUGGAGAGAUACUGGUAUCACCGCCUUGUUCUGCAUCUCGUCUUAUGCUUGCGUGUUUCUUAUGAUGAAACUGCGCAGUAAGAAGACCAAAAGCGCCCGAUCGGAAUAA